AAACGUUCACACACUGUUGGCAGAAGGCAAUAGUCUGAGCAGAUCGGACGCACGCGCUUUAGUGUAGUACAAUCACUGACUGAAAGCGCGCGCUUGUUUCGACUCCCUGACGUCUGCCGUGCGCUUAAUCCUGUACGAACAUACAGAUUUGGCAUGAGUGAGGAGACCAGAUUGUGGAUGUAGCUGUUCAGCGUCGUGGAGAAAAGGAGCAAGCUCGGAUUCAGCAAAGCAUCCACAGGACAGACGAUGGGUGACACAGAAGAUGAGAAGAACCAGGCAGGACGGCUCUUUGAGAACUUUGUCCAGGCCUCUGACUGUAAAAGCACCCUUCAGGCCUUUAAUAUUUUAUGCGGUUACCUGGAGCUCGACCCUCAGGAGCACAGCACCUUCUACAGCAGUCUGAAGACCGCAGUGACAUGCUGGAAGGCCAAAGCGCUUUGGAGCAAACUAGAUAAGAAAGCCAGCCACAAAGAAUACAAAAAAGGCAAAGCCUGUGAGGGCACCAAGUGCUUGAUAAUUGGAGGGGGUCCAUGUGGCUUGCGGACUGCGAUCGAGUUGGCUCUCCUCGGGGCCAAAGUGGUGGUGAUAGAGAAGAGAGACACAUUUUCCAGGAACAAUGUCCUGCACCUCUGGCCCUUCACAAUACAUGACCUCAGAGGUUUGGGUGCCAAGAAGUUCUAUGGCAAGUUCUGCGCUGGAGCGAUAGAUCACAUCAGCAUUCGGCAGCUCCAGCAAAUGCUUCUGAAGAUCGCUCUGGUUCUCGGUGUGGCGUUUCAUAUUAACGUGGAGUUUGUCAAGCUGGUGGAACCAACAGAGGACCAGGAGAAUGAGGGGCCGGGCUGGAGGGCAGAGAUCCGGCCCGCCGAUCACCCUGUGGCUGAUUUUGACUUUGAUGUGGUUGUGGGGGCUGAUGGGAGACGCAAUUCUCUAGAAGGGUUCAGGAGAAAGGAAUUCCGUGGCAAACUGGCCAUUGCCAUAACAGCAAACUUCAUCAACAGCAACACCACAGCUGAGGCAAAGGUGGAAGAGAUAAGUGGAGUCGCCUUCAUCUUCAACCAGAAAUUCUUUCUGGAUCUCAGACAGGAAACUGGCGUUGAUCUGGAGAACAUUGUUUACUACAAAGACAAAACGCACUACUUCGUCAUGACAGCGAAGAAGCAGAGCCUGCUGGACAAGGGUGUCAUCGUUCAUGAUUACGUCGAUACUGAGGCACUACUGAACAGCGAGAAUGUCAACCAGGAGGCUUUGCUUGCUUACGCCCGAGAAGCUGCAGAUUACGCCACCCACUACCAGCUGCCCACUCUGGACUACGCCAUGAACCACUGCGGUCAGCCUGACGUGGCCAUGUUUGACUUCACCUGCAUGUGCGCUUCAGAGAACGCCGCUCUGGUCAGGGAGCGGUUCGGGCGAAGUGUACUGGUGGCACUUGUAGGAGACAGCCUUCUAGAGCCUUUCUGGCCUAUGGGGACCGGCUGUGCCCGUGGCUUCCUGGCGGCCUUCGACACAGCUUGGAUGGUAAAAAGUUGGGCACAGGGCAGAAGUCCCCUUGAUGUGCUGGCAGAGAGGGAGAGUUUGUACCGUUUGCUACCUCAGACAACACCUGAGAACAUUGCCAAAAACUUUGAUUUGUACACCAUAGAUCCAGGAACACGCUAUCCAAACCUCAACUCAACCUGUGUGAGGCCACACCAGGUCCGCAGCAACUAUAUCUGUGGAGAGAUGAAGGUGUGCUCUCUAGAAAGGGCCGCCACAAUACGACGCCCUGUUAACCUGGCCAGACGAGAGUCUGAGAUCCGGCCCAGUCGAUUAUUGACGUGGUGUCAGAAGCAGACUGACGGCUACAGGGGUGUGAAUGUGACUGACCUCACUUCCUGUUGGACGAGUGGCCUGGCUCUCUGUGCACUGAUUCAUCGCUUCAGACCACAGCUUAUCGAUUACGACACUCUGAAUCAUCAAGACUGCGCCAAAAACCUUCAGCUGGUGUUUGACUUGUCCGAGAGGGAAUUUGGCAUCAAGCCGUUUAUCACUGGGAAAGAGCUGGUCUCAGGUCAGGAGCCGGACAAGACCAGCAUGAGCGCCUACCUCUCAAAGUUUUACGAGUUGUUUCGUGGUACACCUUUACCUCCUACAGAUUCAAAGCCUGAGGAAGAUGCAAAUAAUGAGAAAUGUACCUCAAGUUCUCCCAGACCCGUUUACAAGUCACUGCAGCCUCGAAAACGCAUACCAAAGAAUGAUGAAAAGGUGGAAGUGAACAGUGAUGCUGUAUUUAAAAGAAGACGGAAGUUUGAUUGCUUCGAAGAGGUCUCUGCCACAACCAAGUCCUCCAAUCAGAGGUCUUUUCUAGCCGGUGAGCGGCUGGAGCUGAAGGAAAAUAGGGUCAAGUUUAUGGCCACUCAACUACUGGCGAAGUUUGACAACAACGCAGGGAGUUGCUCUUUUCGCAGGCAGACUGAGUGUAAUGUUGAAAGCCCCCCAAGAUCUCCAUCCUCGAAUAGGACUGACAGCCCUCUCUUUAACAUUAUCAAGAACAAAGUUCCCCCACCCCCUAAAAAACAGUUUCCAUCCGUUUCCCGUGUUAAUGAGGAGCAAUCUGCUCCUCUCUUCCCCCCACUUCAUUCCAGUCCUCUGAAUCCACGGAGGAAACCGACCCACACGCACUCACACACUCAGUCAGAGGCAGAAACCACAGCCAGCUCAGGGUCUGGAUAUGCCGACACUCGCCGUUCAACAGUGCUGGCCAUGAAAGGAAUGCUCCAGCGCCUCCAGAAGGUGGAAGAUAAGAUCAGUCAGAGGAAAGCCCAGACAGAAAACGCCAGAGAGUUUCAUUCGAAAAACAUAAAGGAGAAAGGUGUCCAUCUGAGCGCUCUGUUCUCGAGUGAGGCUGCUUCUCAGCAUCAGGAAAACAAAGCAGCUCUGCCAAAGGAAACCAAACUCUUGAAAGCUCAGGAGAAGCCUGAGUCCUCUGCUCUUCAUUCUCACAUAAUUUCUUCAGUCACCCCCUCACCCCCUCUCCCACAAUGCACCGCUACUUCCUGUCCUCCUCUCAUUUCCUCCCAUCCCUCUUCUUUGCUGAAGCAGAUACCUAGACCCAAACCGUUACAAGAGCAACGUUUUAAACAAGAGACACAGAGUGAAACUGUGAAAACAUCUCAUCUGGUGAGUGUUAAGAAAUAUAAAAAUAUCUUCAUUUGUAUCAGACCAAUUUGGGGAAAAUGUAUAUUAAGACCUCACCUUUCCUUGGAACUUUAUGAACAAGUUUUUACUUUGUGCUUACAGUUAAAUAGUGGCACAGCGUCUCAUUUUAGACAUCAGAAAGAGUUUCCUAAGUCAAAGGAGGACGAAAACUUUACAUUCAAUGACAAGACCACUUCUGCCCUCCGACCUCUUCAUUCUAACUCCAUAAUAUUUCACCCCAUCCCAGAAUGCACUGCUGCUCACUACCUUUCCUUUACUUUCUCAUCCGCUUCUUUAUUAAGCUGUAAAUCAAAGCCAGACACACAACUUUAUGGCUUAGACAUACAAGGAGAAGCAAACAGUAACUCACAUAUGCGCACAGUAGGGAAAGUGUCUCUGGUUGUGGGUGCCAGGGCGGAGACCCUGGUCGCUCUGAAUGCAAAUGAUAAUAGACCCAAGAAAAGUGACUCAGACACUCCGGCAUCCGUCAGAAGGGAGUUUCCUCAGAGUCUGGGCGAAGUGUGUCACGCGUGCAGAAAACGGGUGUUUGCAGUAGAGAGACUGAGUGCGGAGGGAUUCCACUUUCACAGAGAAUGCUUCCGCUGUGAUACCUGCAGAGCUCCGCUGUGCCAGGGAGGACACUCCUUCGACACACAAGAAGGAAAGUUGUAUUGCAAACUCCACUUUGCUCAACGGAAAUCCUUGGUGAAGAACGGAGGGACGCAAAACCUUCAUACAACGAUUGAUGACAGAGUUAACGACAACUCUAGCUGGAGUCCAGGAGGGGAUGAGAAUCAUCUCAUGAGCGAGCCUCCAGGUAUCCUGUCCUCGUUGCUGAAGAAAGGUGUGCGCUGGCCGCUGCACGUGAGCCAGACCGUGUGUUCUGCACCCCGCCGUGUGUUUAACUGGCUGCAUGGGAAAAUGUGUGCGGCAGGGGAGCACUUGAGGGACAAUGCGGAGGAUUACGUCUUCCUCUACGAGCUGCUCAGUGUGAGCCUGCCUCUGCUCGGGGUUCUGCAUGAACUGGUGCUCCAAACGUACGGAGAGGCCGAACCUCUCAAUCUUCAGCCUAUACAGCACUGGCUGGAGCAGCACUUGGGUCAGUGGGUCUUAAUGUAAGACAAACUUUAAAUGGGUAAGCAUGGAAACAGCAGUGAAACAAACUGUAACCAUUUGCGGAAGUAAAUUGACCUUAAGAACUAGUAGCAGAACUCGUUACUUUUUAUGAACAAAAACGUUUUUGUAAAUGAGAGUGAAAGUUUAGCAGCUUGUUUUAGAAGGGUGUACAAAUGACCAAAGCCUUUCUCAGGUUGCAAAGGUUUGAGUUUGGUUCAAAGAAAAUGCACUUUAAUGCGUGAGCUGCCUUCAUAUGCACACGAUGACGUUCUGCUUUUAAUUAUUUAUGAACGUUCUGUGUUUAUGCAAAUUUACGAAACCGUGACUGAUCAAGCUGCAAAAGCGCCUCGUCCGCUUUGUUAAUCUUUCACGUCGAUGGAUGCCACAUUCUCCUUCAAUGUUUACACUUCUUAUGAUGUGCAUUGCGCAGUUGUUAAGGCAAUAUUCUGGGUUUAAAACAAGAUUCAUCUCUCAGUUUGUGAAUAACAAAAAUAACUGCAUUGUACUUACAACUGUAGGCAUUUUGGCGUGUUUAUAAUCAGAAAGCUGUUGCUUGCAUUUGUAUUCACGUACACAUCUUUCAUGAAAAAAAAAAUAUUUUUUAAAAUCUGUCCUAUUUGUAAACAGGUGCUUUUGAUGUUUGGUUCUGUUGUAAGUUCAUUACUGUAAAUGCAAUUACACAAAGUAAGGGACAUGUUCUGGUGCCAUCUGUUGAAGAAAACUCUUACUGUCGUCUAGAUCAGACAUCCACCCAUACACUUGUUGUUCAGAUUUGCAUCAGAUUAUAUUGAAGUGUCUGUGGAAAACAAGCCAUAAUGAAACUUUUGUUUCAAAACAAGAAUGUGCAAAUUACAGAAAUACUCAUUUCAUAUGCGUUCCUUUUCUAUAGAUUCACUGGACCAUUACUGCGGUGAUAUUUGCUACCUAUAACAUGUUGCCUGCGGGCAGCAUAAAUACUGUACUUUUACAAUUUACAGUAAUACAUUUACAGUUACGAAGUGCAAAUAAUUGCACAGAUUUUUCCAGGAUUUACUGAAAAGUAUUAAUAAUGUAGUUUUAUGCUAAACAUGCUUUUUAUUGACACUGGAAGGUUUCUUGUUAAUAUUGUGGAUUCUGGUGGUAAGAGUGAUAUUAAUCCUCUAAUGCCAUUAAAAUAAAACAUUCACUGCAUGCUUUUUCGUGCAAAAACACUUUUUUUCCAGGCUGCAUUUAGAUAAGAUCUCUACAUUUACGUUUCUCUUUUCUGAUUCACUUGUAGUUCUUUUUGACCUCUCCACUGUGUCUUCUGAUUCCGAUUCAUGCUGAUCGUAAGGUGAUCAACCGCAAGUUCACGUGCACGUUGUUUUAGCCAUUUCACUCUCUGUUGUGCCUUGUAAAGCCACGUGUGAACCUCAAGUGUUAACUGCUGUGGAAAUGCACGCUGCACCAAACUCAACGCCUGCCUCUGAUUCUUGUAUCUGUUUGUCAUUGAAUUUUCUGUCUGUCUUCAAGCCCUGCAAAUGAUUUGCUCAUUCGAUCUCUGCUUCAUUUCUGUCUGUUUCAGCGGUGGCUUUCACAAUCCCACACAAAGGGGCUCUCGUGCAUUUAUGAAAAAAAAUAACAGGGGUCAUUAGUACCGUGAUGACCUUAAGUUGAAGUAGCACCUUUUAUUAGAUGUGUUAUAAAACUGUUUGAAGACUUUUAUGCUGUAUAUUUUCAAUUUAAAAGGUGUUUGUGUUUUAUUUAUAUUAAGCCAUACUAGUACAAUAAACAAAUGUAAACAUUGCAGUUCUUAUCGUUCUCUCAGAUGUGCACACCUGUAUAGCUGAUAUCUGUUUUUAUAAAUACAAUACGACACUGAAGACUUAAUACAUGAAUACUGUUUUAACAUUUUACUGCACCAUUGUAAAAACACUAUUUGUAUGAUAAAACAAACUCCGUAAAGCAUCCUGUGAUCUUAAAUCUAGCUCAGUGUUCUGGUGAAUCUCAUCGAAUGAACUCUUUAGCAUUCUUUCCAUUACCAGAUUCAAGUGGAUGAGAAAAAAAUUCUUUCAAGAUCCUUUAAGUACUGAUAAGUGUUCAGAGUAACCCUGAAUGAGACCCUUCUAGCUGGACAUGAGGAAGAUAAGGAGACUUGGUGGUGAGGUCAGACACUACAUGAUAAAUUACACAAACUUCAUACGCGUCUGAUUCUGCUUUGAAAACCCUUCAGAAAAUGCGUUGUCUUUAUCACAGCACGUUACUCCAUAGCUACAGUGUUAUGGUUUGGU